AGAUAUUCCAGGACACUGCACACAUCUAGGCCAGAGCUACUCCACGGCAGCUGUACUACGUGAUACAGCUCUAAGAGUCUUGUGGGUGCUACCCCAGAUCCCUGGCUCUCCAAUCGAAGCCCGGUCGUCUAUCGCAUCGCGCAGCUAACAGCUUCACCCCUCCGCAGACCUCACGUUUGAAAGCUUCGCCAUGUCUGAGAAAAUCGAAACGCAGCAAGCCCGCGACGAGUCGGACCGGUCGCUAUCCCCGCCGCGUCGUGGGAGCUUGACCCAGACGGACAAGGGAACAUGGGACCGCCUCUGGCCCGUCAUUGCUUGCGGCGCCGGCCUGUUCUCUGAUGGCUAUCUGAACGGUGUCAUCGGCUCCGUCAACACCAUGUUGAGCACCAUCUAUGCGGAUGAGUACACAAAGUCGUCGGCCCAGCAGAACGUGUCGUCUAUCACUUUCGCUGGAACAGUGGUGGGGAUGCUGUUCUUUGGAUAUACAUCUGAUCACUAUUCCCGCAAGUGGUCCCUAUUCACAUCUACCAUCAUUAUCCUUCUAUUUGCUGCGCUAGGCGCUGGAUCCUAUGGUGCUGGAGGCAGUGUAGGCGGAUUGCUUGCAGCCUUGACAGCUUAUCGUUUCUUCCUUGGAAUCGGUAUUGGAGGGGAGUACCCAGCUGGUAGUGUCGGUUGUGCUGAGAGCACCGGCGAAUUGAAAUCCGGAACUAGGAACAUGUGGUUCAUCCUGUUCACGAAUGUUCAAAUUGAUCUCGGUUUCGUGGUCGCUGCCAUUGUGCCGAUGAUAACGGUCCUUGCGACGACUGAAAAGCAUCUUCGAGCAGCAUGGCGCAUAUGCCUUGGCAUCGGUGUCCUCCCUCCUCUUUCUCUGCUGUACCUCCGGAUCAAGCUCCAGGAACCCGAGGCCUUCAAGCGUGAGACUAUGGCCAACACUAAGACUCCCUGGCUUCUCUGCAUCAAAUUCUACUGGAAGCGUCUUGCCGUCGUGUGCACUAUCUGGUUCAUCUACGACUUCUCGGUAUACGCUUUCGGUAUCUACUCGUCGUCCAUUUUAGCCAAUCUUCUAGGCACAAGCUACCCACUAUGGAAGAGCUUCGGCUGGAACGUUUUGCUCAACUUCUUCUACAUGCCUGGUUGCAUCGCUGGUGCGUUCGUAUCAGACAAGUUUGGACCGAGGAAGACUCUAGCAGCAGGAGUUAUUGCCCAGGGAAUUGUUGGAUUUAUCAUGGCCGGAUGUUACGCUUCCCUUAGCAAAAAAGAAAACAUUGCAGCCUUCGUCGUUGUCUACGGCAUCUUUCUCGCUCUGGGCGAGCUGGGCCCUGGCAACAACAUUGGGCUAGUUGCUAGCAAGACCAGUGCGACAAGCAUCAGAGGCCAGUAUUACGGCAUCGCUGCCGCUAUGGGCAAAGUCGGCGCCUUCGUUGGUGGUUACGUCUUCCCCGUCAUCCAGAACAAUGCGCCCAACCCCACACGCAGAGGCCAGGACCCGUUCUUUGUCGCCAGCGCUCUGGCUAUUUUCUCCGGCUGUGUUGCCGUUUUUCUGCUCCCGCAUAUCGGCCAGGAUACGAUCGAAGAGGAGGACAUCAAGUUCCGGGCGUACCUCGAGUCCAAUGGCUACGACGUCACUCAGAUGGGUAUGCACGCCCUGCUUGCGCCGCCGAGCAAUGAACCGGAGCGGGAGAAGGUUUGAGUGCUCGCGAGAUGGGCCCAGGGGUUCGUGUGGGAUGAGAUGAGAUGCAUGCAGCGAAGCGGAUGCUCCUGCGAUGCGGGAUGAGAUCCCGAGAGGGCUGCAACGUAAGCGUCUAGCUUUUUAUGCAGCUGUACUCCACGGCUGCUAAAUGUGAUAUGGAUAUUUUUUUUCCACAGCCGCGUGGCUAGCGUCCAGGUACGGUGCGUGACGAGUGAAAUACCCAGCGCUGGCAGACGCCGCGAUUGACGAGCCUUGUCCUGAUCACGAAGCUUGUCGUGAGCAUUAUGCGUAUAAUGGUAUCUAUUCACAUAAAUGCGACGCUAUCCGCGGCUGAAAUGCUUACGAUGAUCUUGCAAGGCU